UCAAAGCAAUCCAUGCCGUUGCUUUGCCACACCCAUCACAAAACGACGUCGCUUUAAACAAACAGAGUACUGAAAAAAAGAAGAAAAUCGAAACCGAAAAUAAGCGCUUCUUGCAAAUUGCACCUUCUCCCAAUUCUCGAGUCACACCAAACGCGUUUCUCUCAUCAUCAUCACCAUUAUUCAUUAAUCUCUUCUUACUUUACUUGUGGUGGUGAUGGUGUUAUUGAAACCGAUUCAUCUAAACCAAACAUGAUCAACCAUUCAUAAUCAAAAAAACUUUUUCUGUUUUCACUUUUAGGGUUUUGAAAUUUUGUGCAUUUUCGAUGAAGGAUAACACCGAUGACUGUGGCGGUGGCGGUGGUGGUGGUGGAUGGAAAAAGGAGGUUGUUUCGGACGUAACUAUCACAAUAGAAGCUGAUGAUGAUAACAAAGGGGAUUAUAUCAAAUUGAUACCUGGCUCCGAUGAGUGUUUACCGUUAACUGCGGUGGAGAUGGUGGAGGAGUGUUCUCUUCCGUCGAGACGAUCCGUCGUGUGGUAUUGGGUCAAAAUGGUUUUGUUGUUUCUGAGUUUAGGGUUUUUGGCUGUUGCUGUUCUCAAAUGGGUUGGACCCUAUCUCAUUGACAAGGAGGUGAUUCCAAUAAUAAAUUGGGAGACAGAGACUUUCAGUCCUCCAGUGCUUACUAUUUUGUUGUUUGCUUCGGUAGCAAUUUUCCCAACUAUACUUUUGCCAUCUACACCCUCUAUGUGGGUGGCUGGAGUGACACUUGGUUAUGGAUUUGGGUUCUUGCUAAUAAUAACUGCAGCAGCUAUUGGUGUGUCACUCCCUUUUAUCAUUGGCUCAAUCUUCCAUCAUAAAAUUGAAGGAUGGUUAGAGAAGUAUCCAAAGAAGGCUUCUAUUCUAAAAUCUGCUGGUGCAGGAAACUGGUUUCAUCAGUUUAGAGCUGUUGCCUUAAUCAGGAUUUCUCCGUUCCCUUAUAUGGUCUUCAAUUACUGUGCUGUGGCAACAAAUGUUAAGUACGGGCCUUACAUAAUUGGAUCCUUGGUUGGAAUGGUGCCAGAAAUAUUUGUUGCAAUCUAUACGGGAAUUUUGAUAAAGACAUUGGCCGAUGCUUCAAAUGAAAGACAGUCUCUAUCCGCCCAGCAGAUCAUUCUCAAUGCUUUAGGCUUCUGUUUAACUGUGGUUACAACUGUCAUUAUCACCGUUUAUGCCAAGAGACGGCUGAAGGAGUUGCAGGAGGAGGACAAGAUGUUGCUGCUGCAAUAGUCCAGUAGUUUUAGUCUGGGCUUUGAUUGUUUCCAGUAUGAAGCAGCUAUAACAUACUACUGUAUAUCAUACUGGCAAGUAGCAAAUGGUGCUCAUUGCACUGCUAGGAGAGGUUUUACUACUUAUCUAGUAACUUCAUCCAUAGAAAGGGUUGACCGGCAAAUGUAUUAUAACAUUGGUGGGAAGGGUUGACAAAGGAUAUCAAAGGAACAAUCUAACUUGACAACAAAAAUCGUUUACAAUAUGGUUUUACUUUUUAGUGCUUCUAUAUCACUGUACAUGAAUUUAUUUAUAGGAUUUGAUUUGAAGUCGGCAGGAUUCGUUUGUGUAAAUCAGAUGCUUCACUAUUUGUUGAAUUGCCAACUUGUGUUACUGGAAUAAUGUUGUUAAAGUCUUUGUCGA